GGUGUGGUCAGAGACACGCGUCAGUUUGUACGUCACUCACGACAUGCGGAUCUUCGGUCUCGCAUCCUUUCCGUGACAGUCUGUUCUGCCGGUGUCGGGUGAGCACGAUGAGGAAGCCGCGCCUUCUGCCUGAAAACGAAGCAGCUCCAUAAAUCGCCGAGUAAGUGCUUCUAUAGAUACCAGCUCACGUGAUGCUCGGGUGAGCGGCGUGUCUGUAAAAUGAUCGAGUUCUGAGUGAAGACCUGCCAACUUAUGUGAGCCUACAGGCAUCUGAAUUGCCAGUGUUGAAGAAUAUGCAUCAUUAAAAGCAAAGUAAAUCGCCCCUGGGCAGGGCUGCACGCAGAAUGAUGUGUUUGCUUCAUCCAGUCGUGCAGCAGUGGGAAUGAAAGACUUUAUGAUGUCACUUGUCAUCUUUAUGGACUCGUACCACCUUGUGUUUUGGAGACUUUGACCCUAAAAGUGCCUGAGAAAGCUGCCUUUUGGGGUGUCCACCUUCCUUUUCUAAUUUAUUUAUUUUCUUUCUAAAAACAGAGCACUUUUUCAUUUUGUAAAGAUGGGGCCUUUUAUGUCUCCAUUCAAUAAUUUGCUGUGUAUGCUGUUGGGCAUCUCUUUCACUGUCUGGUUCACACUGCUCUUGGUCUUCAUCAUCGUUCCUGCCAUUUUCGGUCUGUCGUUCGGUAUCCGUAACCUCUACAUGAAGACGCUGCUCAAGGUGUUUGAGUGGGCCACAGUGAGGAUGGAAAGAGGAGCCAAAGAGAAGAACCAUCUUCUGUACAAGCCUUACAGUCUUAAUGGCAUUAUUGCUAAAGAACCAACAUCGCUGGAAGAGGAGCUCAAAGGGAUUCGGCGGAACGGCAGCAGCCGGGAUUUGAAUGGCUCCGCCUCCACCACCACAGGCCCCUCCCCUUCAUCGUCAGAAUUUGAAAUGUCAGACACCUUUUACUUUUGCCGCCGUGGCAUUGAAAGCAUCGUAGACGAUGAGGUUACCAAAUGUUUCUCAGCAGAGGAGCUUGAGUCGUGGAACUUGCUGACCAGGAGCAACUAUAACUUCCAUCACAUUAGCACCAGACUAACAGUGCUGUGGGGUCUCGGUGUUGUCAUCCGUUAUGGAUUCCUGCUGCCCCUCAGGUUAACAUUAGCAAUCACAGGAGUGAGCCUUUUGGUUGUCUUCACUACCAUGAUUGGUUUUCUGCCCAACGGAAGCAUGAAAAAUUUUCUCAGUGAGAAAGUGCACCUGAUGUGUUACCGUAUCUGUGUGAGAGCGCUGACUGCUAUCAUCACAUACCAUCACAGUGAAAAUAAACCCAAGAAUGGAGGCAUCUGUGUCGCCAACCACACAUCACCCAUUGACGUCAUUAUACUGGCCAGUGACGGAUGCUAUGCAAUGGUGGGACAGAUCCAUGGGGGUCUGAUGGGUCUCAUUCAGAAAUCUAUGGUGAAAGCUUGUCCACACAUUUGGUUUGAGCGCUCAGAAGUCAAAGAUCGCCAUCUAGUGGCUAAAAGGUUGAGCGAUCAUGUGAAAGACAAAAGCAAACUGCCCAUCCUCAUAUUCCCAGAAGGUACCUGCAUUAAUAACACAUCAGUCAUGAUGUUCAAGAAAGGAAGCUUUGAAAUCGGCUCAACCGUCUACCCAGUCGCCAUAAAGUAUGACCCUCGGUUUGGGGAGGCUUUCUGGAACAGCAGCAAGUUUGGGAUGGUGAAUUACCUACUCCGGAUGAUGAGUAGUUGGGCUAUCGUCUGCAGCGUGUGGUACCUGCCUCCGAUGAGCCGCCAGGAAGGUGAAGAUGCAGUGCAGUUUGCUAACAGAGUAAAAGCAGCCAUUGCCAGACAGGGUGGUCUGGUGGACCUUCUGUGGGACGGUGGGUUGAAAAGAGGGAAAGUGAAAGAGACUUUUAAAGAGGAGCAACAAAAACUCUACAGCAAGAUUUUGGUUGGAACGCAAGAGGACCGUAGUCGUUCUUGAGGAGAGGAAGAUGAUUCAGGUGAGAACCUGGAGGCCAAGAAACGGUUCAGAGACCUGGACAACGACGUUAUGGUUUUGUUUUACAUCAGAUAACAAGAACCGUCCUUGUUUAAUUGUUCAUGUUUAUGAGGACCAGAGCGUGUCCAGUGUUAGGUCAGAUCGUGAUCAAAACACCAUGAGAUGUGUUUUGAUGCAUAAUGUUUCUUUGACUGAAGUCAAUGUAGCGUGAUUCAGUCUGCAGUGGCCGAGUCACUCAUGAGGAGUCGUAAGGACGCAAUACAACAGUUUAAUGGUUUCUCUCUCCUUUUAUAUUCAUUACUUGGUUAGUUUUUGUUUUCUUUCAUUAUCAUUUACUCUUAACGUGUCAUUAGGAUGCAGCAAACUAUUAAAUUUGAUGGCCAUGUAUGGUCGAAGGAAACGCCUCAUCAGGCUGCACAUAGGCGUCCGAGAGCAUUUCCAUUUCUUUGCUAUACUUCUGCUGCGUGAGUCACUUCAAUCCUAGAUUUUAACAGGAGAAAACAGCAGAAAUAUGCAUGGAAAACUUGCAAUUUGUUUUGAAGACAUCAAGGUUAUCCUGACCUUUGCAGAUAAUCUGCACUGACUUUUCAAAAUACCUCUGUAUAAACAAUCAAACCUGUGUGAAGGGUUUGAGUAGAGUUUGUUUUAUUUUUUUUCUCAUCCUUGUGCGAAAGAUCCACAACUCUUGCCAUUUCCAUUCAUAUCUGGAAGUCAAAUUAUAAGAGUCUUAAUGACAUUGGCUAAGUGACGGCCAAUUGAAAACUCUAUGAGCUGUUGUUCAGGUACUGCACACAUUCAAAUUAAAACCAUUGUUUGUGAUGUUUAAACAACACUAUGCAGCAUGUACUGUAUAUAUGCAACCAGUGUUUCCUACAGGAUUGUUUUCAGAUAAAACUUGUUAAACAAUAACACAUUUUUUCAACACAUCAGUAACAUUUUUUUAAUUAAAUACAUUUUUCACAACAAAACUCUAAAAUUCUGUUGCACAGUUUUCAGUUCUGGGCUCAUUUUGAGCGAGUAAUCAGAUUUGAUUGAAUAAGAUGUCUGAUUAUUUGUGUGUGCGAUUUUUGUCUAUUCAGACCAAUGCAUAAAAACUGCAGACAAGAUGAAUGAACAUGAAAAUUCACAGGCUAGUGCUGUCAAAUUGAUUAAUGGCAUCCAAAAUAAACGUUUGUGUUUACAUAAUAUAUGUGCUGUGUAUAUGUAAAAUACACAAAUGUAUAUUUAUAUAUUUAAGAAAUAUUUACACGCAUGUAUGUGUUCAUAUUUAUAUGUUAUCCUGGACCACAAAACCAGUCUUAAGUAGGAUGGGUAUAUUUGUAGCAGUAGCCAAAAAUACAUUAUAUUGUAUUAUUGAUUUCUUUUUUUUUUUAUAUUUAUUUAUUUUUUUUUUCCUCCAUGAAGAUAUUUUGUAAAUUUCCUACUGUAAAUGUAUCAAAACUUAAUUUUUGUUUAGUAAUAUGCAUUGCUAAAAAACUUCAUUUGGACAACUUUAAAGGUGAUUUUUUUCUUCAGAUUCCAGAUAUUCAAAUAGUUGUGUCUCGACCAAAUAUUGUGCUAUCAUAACAAACCAUACAUCAAUGGAAAGCUUAUUCAAUUAAGUUUAUUCAAUUAAAUCUCAAUAAAAAAAAAUAAAAAAUCUACUCUUAUGACUGGUUUUUGUGGUCCAGGAUAACAUAUAAAUAUGAACGCAUAUAUACGUGUAAAUAUUUUUUAAAUUUAUAAAGGGUCACAUAUAUGAUUUAUAUUAUAUUAUAAACAUAAAUAUUAGUGCUGUCAAUGAUUAAUCGUAAUUAAUCGCAUCCAAAAUAUGAAAAGUUUGCAUUUACGUAAUAUAUGUGUGUGUAUAUUUUUACGUAUAUAUAAAUAUACACACAUGCAUGUAUAUUUUAGGCAAAAUAUGUUAUGUUUAUAUUUUAAAAUAUAUAUAAUAUCAUUUAUAUGAAUAUAAAUAUAUACAUGUAAAUAUUUUCAAACUAUGUAUUGUAUGUAUGUGUGUAUUUAUAUAUACAUAAUAAAUAUACACAGUAUACACAUAAAUGAUAAAUAAACAACUUUCAUUUUGGAUGUGAUUAAUCACGAUUAAUCGUUUGACAGCAUUAAAAAUAAAUAUUACAUUUAUUUCUUAAAUAUAUACAUGUAUGUGUGUAUAUUUGUAUAUACAUAUGAAUAUACACAGCACACGCACAUAUGUAAAUGCAAACUUUUAUUUUUGAUGCGAUUAAUUGAUUUGACAUUAGUCUUAAACAGGCCUUUACUGAACUUUAAAAUGUCACGUCGUUGCAAAUUAAGCUUUAGUGCAACAAUGUCCAGAGUACCCAUGCGGGAAACACUGUAUGCAACUAACUAGCUCUAAAACUAAAACACUAAAGGGCUCAUAAUAAAGCAGAAUGAAAAAGUAGUAUUUUCACAACGUGCUCUGUAAAUAGAAAGGCUGCGUCUGAAAUCGCAUACUCUCUUACUUUUGAAUAAUUACUUCACAACUGCUACAAAAGUCUGGAUGUACUAUACGUCAUGUUGCAAUUGUCUUGUGUCUUAUAGUAGUAGCGUCAUUCACUUUUCACCCACUUUUUUUAUGAAUACUGUGAAUUCGUACAUACUACUCGUACUGUUUUUUUUUGCCUACUAUAUGGGAAGUUUGCUACUGCAGAUGUAGCCUAUGUGUAUCAGUGGUCUUUCAUUUCAGGACUAUGUUUGGUUACAACCACUGACGAAACAAGAUUUUGUUUGUUUAGCUUUUUGUAACCUGAUUCUCAAAUGACACUCCAGCUGUGAAGCUUUUAAUAUCAACCCUUAUAUGGGUGUGUGCAGCCAUCUUGCACCAACUUAGAUGGUUAUUUUUAGUUUUUCUCAUUCAACCAUCAUCAUUCACUAGUCUUGUGUAAAAGCAACAUUUCUCACAGAGCCUGGUUAUCAGCUCUCAAGAAGGCGUGUACUGUACGAUAUAGUUCCCCCAACGGUUUUUCACUCAAGAAAGUGAGAUUAUGUGAAAAAUGAAACUGAAUUGGCCACAAGUGGUGUGGUACUUCACUAAUUACAGCUUUAAAGACAAGUCAGUCUUCAACUGACUUUAACAGUCAUAAACAGAUUGAAUAUAAUUAAAGUGUACAGCUCAGCUGUGAUCUGAAAUAGCACGGAUACAUACCAGCAUGUGAAUCAGUUCAGCUGCUGGGCUCAAUAUGUGGGAAUGACUCUGUAGAGUUACUGAGUGCAUUUAAAUGGCCCUGUGGAAACAUAGAGAGGUCAGAUAAACGUGAUCGAUCACAGUGUAUCAUAUACAGCUAAAACCUUUAUUUAAGGUGUGAUGUAGUUCUCAGCUUUAUGAGAAGUUCAACUGGAGAUCCUAGAACAGCUCAGUUGGAGGGAGUCACUGAUCAUGUAGGACUAAUACUAAUUCACCUCUUUUUUUCAGUGUUUUUGCAGUUCCUCAUUAGUUCAGUAUCCUCCUGCGAUCCAGCAGUUAUUCUUAAAACUGCCUUAUGCUUUUCAGAGAUACAAAACUUUAGCGGUUUGGCCAUGACGACUUCCUCUUAUUGUUUUUAAAAAAGGUCUGACAUCACAAAAACAUGUACUUCAGCAAAGUAAAUAAAUUAUUUUUAAAAAAUCUGUAUUACAGUAGUACAGUGGUAUUGUUUUAUGUUGUAACUUCCACUGUCGUAAAGUACACUGCCCUUCAAAAGUUUGGGAUCAGUAAGAUUUUUAAUUUUUUAAUGGACUGCUCAUCAAGGCUGUACUUAUUUGAUCAAAAAUACAGAAAAAAUAGUAAUAUUGUGAAAUAUUAUUGCAAUUUCUAAUAUUGGUUUCCUAUUUUAAUAUACUUUAAAAUAUAAUUUAUUUCUAUGACGCAGCACUGAAUUUUCAUCAUCAUUACUCCAGUCUUCAGUGUCACACGGUCCUUCAGAAAUCAUUCUAAUAUGCUGAUUUAUUAUCAGUGUUUGAAACGGUUGUACUGCUUAAUAUUUUUUUGGAAUCUGUGAUACUUUUUUUCUUUGAUUCUUUGAUGAAUAAGAAGUUCUAAAGAACAUCAUUUAUUUAAAAUAGAAAUCUUUUCUAACAAUGUAAGUCUUUACUAUUACUUUUUAUCCAUUUAACACAUCCUUGCUGAAUAAAGGUAUUAAUUUCUUUUUUUAAAAAAAGAAAAAAAUUGCUCACCCUAAACUUUUGAAUAGUAGUGUACAUUGUAACACAGAAUUUCUAUUUUAAAUAAACACUGUUCUUUUUGACUUUUUAUUAAUCAAAGUAUCCUGAAAAAAGUAUGACAGGUCCCAAAAAUAUUAAGCAGCACAACUGUUUCCAGCAUUGAUGAUAAAUUUGAUUACAGGAAUAAAUUAGAUUUUAAUGUAUAUUAAAAAAUACAAAACUUUUAUUUUAAAUUGUAAUAAUAUUUCACAAAAUUUUGAUCAAACAGAUACAGCCUUGAUGAGUAUAAGAAACUUAAAAAAAAAAAAAAAACAUUAAAAAUCUUACUGAUCCCCAAUUUUUGAACAGCAGUGUAUGCUCGUUAUAGCUACAUUUAUUUAAUCAAAAAUACAGUAAAAAGUAAUAUUAUUACAAUUUAAAAAUACCAGUUUUCUAUUUUCAAAAAUAUUUAAAAAUCUAAUUAAUUUAUUCCUGUGAUGCAAAGCUGAAUUUUCAGCAUCAUUACUCCAGUCUUCAGUGUCACACGAUCCUUCAGAAGUCAUUCUAGUAUGCUGAUAUAUUUUUAAAAAAAACAGCAUUUAUUUAAAAUGGAAAUAUUUUAUAACAUUUUAAAUGUCUUCUAUUCGUUCAGAUCCAUUUUAUAUAUCCUUGCAUUACGUGUAAAUUGUGUGUGUAUAUAAUUUAUUUGUAAGUUGUCAAAAAUAGAUAUUUUCUUCUCACGUGGUAAAUUUGUAAAAAAAAAAAAAAAAUAAAAAUAAAAAUAAAAAAGUCAUAUGAAAUAUGACAAAAUUUGGCUAAAUUUCUUUGUAUUGCAAGUUGCAAAACAUCUGUUAAUAUAAACUUGCUUCCUGCCUUCAUUUGUUUAACUGUGUCCUGAUGUCCGCAACAAAAGACAUGCAGUAAAUUAUGAUUCCCGCCCAUGUUUUUCAUUUCAAGUCAUUGGAAAGUUAAAAACAUUACAAAAUCUUAAACAAACAAAAAACUUCUUUUGCUGACUCUCAGGAGGAUACAUAACAUGUCUAUGCUAUGGUUUCUUUCCUACACUAAAAAUAAAGAAUUGGAAUCAGUGGUUCCAUGUAGAGCCUUUAACCUUUAAAGUCAACCUUUCCAUUCCACAGAAGGUUCUUUAUGGUGGAAAAAGGUUCUUUAGAUCUUUCAGGUGUUCUUUACACAUUAAAAAGAACAGUUCUUUUAAGAACUAUUCUUUAAAAGGUUCUUUGGGGAACACUACGGUGUAUGUGUGCAUGGGACAAGGGUUUAUCUGUCAUAACAGCAUCGCCGGUGAUUUGACUGCUGCCAUGCUCUGAAACAGCACCUUGCCAAUACAUCCAUCUAUAUGUCACUGACUGAUAUAUUAGUAUGUGAUACAGUAUGUACAACUGUAUAAAUAUGUCAUAUAUGUAAAUAAAAGAACUUCAGCACUUC